AAAAAAUAUAUGGAAUGAAAGCAGCCCUUCAACGGCCAUUUUUCUUUCUUCACAAAAAAGCUCAAGGAAGAUGGUAAAAAUGAAGUUAGAUAUCGUAGUUUCAAUUUCGUUAUCAAAGAAAUGAACCAUUACUCAUAGAAAGCUAAACAAGCAACACCAACUUUACCUUUAUUGCCUUUUUCUUUUUCUUCAAGCGUAUCUCUCUGUGAAUUAUGGUUGUUGGAAAAUCCGUUUUAGCAUUUUUCUAAUCUCUUACUGUUUUCUUUAUUUGUGGGCUACUCAACAUAACACAUAGGCUGAAUUAGAUGUCCUAAUUUAAUCUUUGUGGUGACAUUGUUGUUUCUCCUACUACUGGGUCUGUUGUGGAGCUUCUCCAUCCAAUUGUCUGUUUCGUGAAAUAAAAUCUGUCUCUGCAAUCAUUAAAUAGACAAGUAAAUCCAUUCAGAAGAUAGCAAUUAUGCCAUUCGGAUUGGUCUCAGCAUGGAACAAGCGCAGGAGAAGCAAAUCCCAAGAUCACACAGACCCUUGGAUUUACAAACCUGCAGAGUAUUGGCAGCUCGAAAAUCAAACACCCCAACUUCCGAAAAGACACCGUGUAUCAUCAGUUUUUACUCUCAGGGAAAUGGAAGAGGCAACCUGCUCUUUCAGUGACGAAAAUUUUCUUGGGAAAGGAGGAUUUGGCCGAGUUUACAGAGGCACUUUGCGGUCAGGAGAGGUUGUUGCUAUCAAGAAAAUGGAAUUGCCGUCAUUUAAACCUGCAGACCGGGAACACGAGUUCCGGGUUGAAGUUGAUAUCUUAAGCAGACUUGAUCAUCCAAAUCUAGUUUCCUUGAUAGGCUACUGUGCUGAUGGGAAACACCGCUUUCUGGUGUACGAGUACAUGCAAAAAGGGAACCUGCAAGAUCACUUAAAUGGAAUUGGAGAAGCUAAAAUGGACUGGCCCUCAAGGCUCAAAGUGGCACUGGGGGCAGCUAGGGGCCUUGCUUAUCUGCAUUCAAGUUCUGCUGUUGGGAUUCCAAUUGUUCACAGAGAUUUCAAAUCCACCAAUGUACUUCUAGGCGCCAACUUUGAAGCUAAGUUUUCACAGAUAUCCGACUUUGGCCUGGCCAAGUUCAUGCCAGAAGGUCAAGAGACUUACGUGACUGCUAGAGUUCUGGGCACCUUUGGCUACUUUGAUCCCGAGUAUACAUCGACGGGGAAACUCACUUUACAAAGUGAUGUUUAUGCAUUUGGAGUGGUUCUUUUAGAACUUUUGACUGGACGCAGAGCAGUCGACAUAAACCAGGGGCCAAAUGAUCAAAACCUUGUAUUACAGGUGAGGAACAUACUGAAUGAUCGGAAGAAGUUACGUAAGGUGAUAGAUCCAGAGCUCAAUCGAGGUUCAUACACCAUAGAAUCUAUAGCCAUGUUUGCAAACCUGGCAUCACGCUGUGUUCGCACUGAUAGUAGCGAGAGGCCCUCGAUGACAGAAUGCGUAAAAGAACUCCAACUGAUUAUCUAUACAAAUUCAAAAGGCUUGGAAAAUCCUAUGCAUGCUUUCAGAAUGGUCUGAUAAACCAAAAUGUUCAAUCAGCAGAGUGUAACUUUAUAAAAUAAAAAUCCAUUCUUCUAAUUCA